GCGUAUUGUACCAAUAACAAUUUACUAGUUCGUAUGAUAAAGUGCUAAAAACGGUCGGUUCUAGUAGUUGAUGGCUAACCAUGAUCAUAUAUUCGGGCUUCCCGAUCUGCCAAAUGAACCACGGGGCACCACCCGUUUGUUGCGAAUCAAAGUUGUCGAGGGUAUCGGCUUGGCCAAAAAAGACAUCUUCGGAGCAAGUGAUCCAUAUGUUCGGAUUUCACUUUACCGAGGAGACAUAGAAGAUGGGUUGAUUGAUCAGAAACAGACCAAAGUGAUCAAAAGGUCACUGAACCCAAGAUGGAAUGAAGAAUUCAUUUUCCGAGUGAACCCAAGGGAUAACGUGAUCCGGUUAGAAGUGUUCGACUCUAACAGAGUGACGAGAGAUGACUUCCUUGGUGUUGUUGAGAUUCCAUUUAGUCAUACAAGCAUAUCGGUGGAGAGUCCAUCAACAUCCAUUGCUGUCAAGAGUUACAUCCUACGACCUCGGAGUCUGCGGUCUCGGGUCAAAGGUCAUCUGUCACUGUACAUGGCAUAUCUGCCACAAGAAGGAGGAGAAAACGAUGAUGAAGCUGCUGGGGUGACCCCUAGUGAGCCUGGUUGGGAGUUGUUAGACUUGGAUUCUGAAGCUGGCGCCUCUGGUCCUAUCACGUCGCCCUCACAGGGUUCGCAGCUGGAUAAUCCAGAACCGCUACCCCCAGGAUGGGAGGAGAGAGUGGAUGGCAAUGGCAGGAAAUACUACAUCAACCAUAAUGACCGAACAACAUCGUGGGAAAGACCUAGACCUUCAAACACUAACCAGUUGCCAUCUUCGUGGGAAGAAAGAGUUGACGCGAAUGGCAGAACAUAUUACUUAAACCACCUAACCCGAACAACACAAUGGACUCCACCAACUGUCACGUCGAAUGAUACGUCCGACGCUGAAAUGCAGCGACAGAGGAGUCGUGACGCGGAACAACAGUACAUGCAGCGGCGUCACAUCAGUCAGGAUGACACCAUCAGUGUCGGGUCGGUCGAUGAGGAAUCUGAGACGUCAGGAUCCGCGUCCUCAGUUCAAAGACGUAAUGACCACACUAUGAGUAACAAUGACAGCGACGAUGCGUUACCCGCUGGCUGGGGAAUGGGCGUGGCUCCAAACGGACGGGUGUUCUUCAUUGACCACAACACACAGAUGACUCAAUGGGAAGACCCACGGCGGACGCGUGUUGGGUCUCUGCGAAGCAGUGCAGCUCUUGAUGCACCUGGCGGUCUGUGGAGACCAUCAUCUAAUGAAGAUCUCCUAAAAAAUUUGGGUCCUUUGCCGCCUGGUUGGGAAGAAAGGACGCACACUGAUGGUAGAGUCUUCUAUAUCCACCACAGUACAAGGAAAACACAGUGGGAAGAUCCACGAUUACAGAAACUAGGGGGACCAGCUGUUCCAUACUCCAGAGACUAUAAGAGGAAAUAUGACUAUUUCAGAUCAAAGUUGAGGAAACCACCUCAUCUGCCAAAUAAAGUUGAUAUUAAAGUGUCUCGACAACGUGUGUUUGAGGAUUCCUACAGAAUUAUUAUGGGUAUUAAAAAUGCAGAGAUACUGAAAACUAGACUGUGGAUUGAGUUUGACAAUGAAGUUGGUCUUGACUAUAGUGGAGUGGCUAGGGAGUGGUUCUAUCUUCUGUCUCGAGAGAUGUUCAACCCAUACUAUGGCCUGUUUGAGUACUCAGCAACUGAUAACUACACACUGCAGAUCAACCCAUUGUCUGGAAUGGCUAAUGAAGAACACAUAUCAUACUUUGAGUUUAUCGGCAGAGUAGCUGGGAUGGCUGUGUUCCAUGGGAAACUCCUUGAUGCUUUCUUCAUCCGGCCAUUUUACAAGAUGAUGUUACGGAAACCCAUCACUCUGCAGGACAUGGAAUCUGUGGAUUCAGAGUAUUACAAUUCUAUGAUCUGGAUCAAGGAGAACGACCCAGCCGACCUUGUACUGAAUUUCUGUGUAGAACAAGAUCAGUUUGGAGAGAUCACUGAGAUGGAAUUAAAGCCUGGAGGAAAACAGAUCCCUGUGACUAACGAGAACAAAAUGGAAUACAUAGAUCUGGUAAUCAAGUGGCGGUUCGUGUCACGGGUUGAGAGUCAGAUGCGGGCGCUGACGAAGGGAUUCAACGAUCUUGUUCCGCAGAACCUGCUGCAGAUCUUUGACGAGAACGAGCUCGAACUGCUCAUGUGUGGACUGCAGGAUGUCGACGUGAAUGACUGGAAGAAAAACACCAUGUACAAGGGAGAGUACAACCCCAACCACCCAGUGAUCAUUUACUUCUGGAAGGCUGUGUAUUCGUUUCACAAUGAGAUGAGAUCGAGGUUGCUUCAGUUUGUCACUGGAACAUCGCGGGUACCAAUGAAUGGAUUUGCAGAACUGUAUGGCAGCAAUGGACCCCAGAUGUUCACCAUAGAAAAGUGGGGGAACUCGUCACAACUGCCUAGGGCUCACACUUGUUUCAACCGGAUUGAUCUGCCACCAUACGAGUCGUACCAUGACUUGAGAACGAAACUGAUUCAGGCUGUGGAAAACACACAGGGAUUCGAUGGAGUGGACUAGUUUCCAAGUGAACACUCUGGAAUGACGUUUGGAGUGGCCUUCAAAUAGGUUUCUGUCCUCACCCCUCACUGCGUUUUUAUCAAUUGUUUUCAAAAAAUAUAAACAGUCAAAGUAUUUUGAUAUAAAAUGGGAUAAAUCCCAGUUGUGAUAUUUGUGUGUCAGACUUGUAUAGAUUUAAAUAAUCAUUGGAACUCUCUGUUUUGUGGUUGAUUCUGAGAACUCCACGGCAGAUUGCAGCACACAUUAGUUUUAAGUAACAGUUAUAAAUGGAUUUAUCCCAGUAUGGGGCAGAACCCAUCAUUUCAUCAUUCAGAUAAAAAUUCGGUGUAGUUAUUUCACGAAACCUUCCUUUUCAAUACAAAUAUUAUUUUGUGUUGUAACAAAUUUUCAGACAGUGAAUAAAAAUAGGAUAUCUUGUAAUUAUAUCCUUGGACAUUUGUUCAUUAAUAUGUUAAUUAAUAUAUGGUUAUGAAAAUCAACCAGAUUUUCCUAGGAAUUCCCUAUUUUAAUCUGUCUGGAAAAAAAAAAAGCAAAAAAAAUGAGCAGAAACAGUCUAGUUUUCGAAACCCUUCGAAGUUUUCUGGAUUUUUUUGUUUAGUGUAAUUUUCAUAUCUGAUUAUCAGAUCUCAGUUGAUAAAAAGCAUUAGGGGUAUGUACGGAAAAUCUUCCUCACCUUUAUUUCCUGACCUUUAUUUCCUGCAUAGCCAGUACCAUUCCCUAGUGCAUAAUGAAGCGGUGAUCAACACGAAUCAAACACUUGGUGAUAAAAGUUGGACAGCUCAAUCGGAAGACUUCUGUGUGUAUGGAGGUCACAAAAUGUGUACAUUGUAUUCAACAUGUUGUGUAUAACAUUGUUUUUAAAGUCCUUGUUUAUUCAUUGAUCUCUUGACUGUAUCAGUCGAGUGGACUUUUCGUAUUGUCGUGUACGUACAAACAUUUACUUUCUUGUGUGUAUAAUCAUAUACAUGGUGUGUCAGCACAGGUGUCCUCUACCCUUAACCUGUUUAUAUUUGAGGAUAAGGCAGGAGAAUAUGAGGCGCAGAAAGCCAGGGAUUUAUCCAGAAUAUUUCGCCAUGGUCCCAUGGCUAAUGGGUUUGGGAAUAUUAGUACGAGUAAAUUCUGUUUUCAGUCCACUGCAUGAUGCAGUACACCACAGUUAAAUUAAUUUAUUAGAACAGGGGUAAUUAAAUAUGUAUGU